AAUCCCAAAAAACAACAAAAAACGAUCGCGUGAAAUUGUGAAAUACAUUUUUGGCUAUAUAAUAUCUGACAUGAUUGCGAUUAAAAAUCCACAAAGUGAACAAAUCAAAAGGCCUAUAGUCAUUGCAAAAAGGAACAAAUAACCCCCCUAAAAAACGGGGUAAAAUAAAAGUGGAAACUAGUUAGAAAGUGAAUAAAUUUCAACAAAAUUUUGAAGCCAAGGAAAUGGCGUGUGGUCUGAGGAUUAUAUCUCUGCUGCUGCUGUCGAUUUCCAUCGAUGCAUUGCCCACAUAUCAUCUCAAUCAGAGCUGCCCGUACCAAAGCCAAUGCGAUCCUUCGAUCAAUUGGCAGCACAUCCGCCGACUGGAGAGCUACGUGCGCAGAGAUGUGGAUCCCUGUGUGGAUUUCUAUGCCUAUGCCUGUGGCAAUUGGCGGCGCAUCCAUAGUGAAGGCGGCACAGCCACAACCAUAAGUGAGGCACAAAUCAACCAGCGAUUUGAGGACUUGUUUCUGCGCCUCCUGCAAGAUCCCCUGGCUCAGGAACACGGAUACCCCAUGCAACAGAAGCUGUUGACCCACUAUCAAAGCUGCACGGCGUUGACGAGCCCCAAUUUGAGGCGGUAUCUGCAGCUAUUGCCUCCCCUACCCCCGCUGAAUGCCUCCCACUGGAUGGAGCUGGUCUCCAUCCUGGGACGCUAUGGAUAUCACGAUCACUUUGUGCAGAUCGAAGUGCGGCACCACAACAUCAGCCAGCACAUGAUCUUCAUACAGCCGCACAAUCACAAUCAGAAUCUGGAUCUCACGCGGGAAAUCUACGAUGCUCUGCCACACAAUGGGAUUGGAUUUGCUCAGCUCAAGGAAAUGUUUUCCGUACUGGAAUCUCAUCUCAACAGGCUGGCAAAGCCCAACAUUACGGAUGAUAGUUUUCACAACUUAACGCUGGAGCAGAUUCGCAGGACGGUCCCAGAAUUGGAUUGGCUAGGCGCCCUCAAGCGACAGUUGAAUCGUUCAUCGGUGAACGCGGAUCACUCGUUCCAGGUGGACGAGCUAUCGGCCAUCAGGCAGGUGAUAUUGUACCUCAAUCGGCAGGACAGACGGCUGCUGAAUCUGUACAGUCUGGCGAGAUUUCUCAGCCAUCUGCUGCAGCUGCCGCACAAUCCAUUGGAGAGCCUGUCAUCCGCUUUGAUGUCAUCGAAAUCCCUGUCCAUCGCCUGCAUACGUCACAUGCGUAGGACCCUCUAUCUGCCCAUGAUUUAUGCCUACGAAAGGGUGUACUACGCACAGCAGCGACCAUCCGAUGAACGUGUCAUCCACAGUGUCUUCACAGAGCUCAAGGAUCAACUAGUGCAGACGCUCGAUCAGAAUAACUUCAAUCUAGACCGAGGACUGGUGAAGGCGCUGCAGACAAAGGUCCUGGGCAUGCGGUUGAAUGUGGGAAAUGUCCCCCGCAAUGUCACGGAGGAUUUCUUCUGGGCCACCGACAGAAACUGGAAGGUGGGCCACGACUUCCACGAGAAUCAUUUGAACAGCCUGCUCUACUACUAUUCGCUGACGGCCGAGCUGGAGGGCAAUCCCGACGCCACAGAGAAGGCUUUAUGGUAUAGCUUCAACAACCACUCGCCCGAUCUCACGGACAACAUCGAUGCCACGCCGUACUUUUACUGUCUGGGGAACAUCAUCAUAAUACCAUACUCGUAUGCCCAGCUGCCGUUCUACCACUCCGAGUUGUGGCCAGCAAUGCUCUAUGGGGAUCUGGCCAACACUUUGGGCCACGAAAUGCUGCACGCCUUCGACACGGAUCUGGUGGACUACGAUGUGCAGGGCAACAUGAGGGACUACAGCGAGCAGCUCCAGCAGCAGCCGCUCUAUGUGGAGGCCGUCAAGUGCCUGAACGACAGCUCUGUGGUGCUGAACGAACGCACUUCCGAUGUCAGCGGCUCCCGCCUGGCAUUCCGCACCUACAUGAAGGACACCCAGAGCUGGCAGUCGAACGGCAGAUACUAUUUCCUGCAGUUCUCGCACUUCUUUUGCGGCGACGAGGGCGACAGAUACCACGACAUGGGCAGCACACGCCUCAACUACGCCCUGAGUCAAAUGCCAGAGUUCGCCGCGUACUUCCAUUGUGCCAGGGGCACGCCCAUGAAUUCUGCCGAGCAGUGUCAGUUUUGGUAGCCAAUCUAUAGUAUAUAUCGAUUAGUAUCUUUUUAGCAUUAAGUCUAGUGUUUAGCCGGUGUAUAGCUUUAAUUAGUUGCCCCCCUCAAUGCCCUCAACACCCUCUCAAGUAUUGUGAAUAAAUUUCCUUAUUUAGGAACCUUUAACUCUA